UUUUUUCUAUUUCUCUAUUUUCUCUUCUUCUCUUCUUCUCUUCUUCUGUCUCUCUAUAUUUUCUCCCCCUUCUUCUCAAUUCUUCCAGGUAACCUUUUUUUUUUUUUUUUUUUUAAUUCCUCCAUCCUUCCCCGGAUUUUUCUUGGGUGUGUAACAACGGAGCGGAAACAUUAGGGAAUCAAAGAUCUUCCGAGAAAAAUUUCAGGUCACCUGACUGGCGGGAAAAAAAGAUCCCCAAAAAAUCACCACCCACCCACCACUGCGAUAUCACGCCUUUUUUUGCCUGUCAUUAUAUAUCAGGGAGGGCAGAGACAAAAGAGUCACCGUCUCAAUUAAUUGACUCGAGUCGUCGUCCUUCUAUCCCUUCCUUUUCUUUCUUAUUCUCUGCCUUUUGACUGGCAGCGCAGUGCGCAAUGGUUCUUGCUGCUCGUUGUGGGCAGGCUUCGUCCGCCCUCCUGCGUCAACGAUGUUUUGCUGAAACCCGUCCAUCCGCUCGCGCAUUGCGCGCCUUCACCUCUCAGACCCCUACGGUUCGUUCGACAGCAUCGACUUUGCGUUCGCAACAGAAGACUGCUUCGCUGCGGUCCCAGCAGCUGAGGAACUUCUCGAGUACCCUCCGCCGGUUGGCCUCGGAGACCUCAAACCCUCCCUCCGCCGCCUCUUACCUCAAUAGUGGGGCUGUGAAACCCGGUAGCAAUUUGGUCGACGUUAAGAAAGUCUUGGUUAUUGGUAGUGGUGGUAUCAGUAUUGGACAGGCCGGAGAAUUCGACUAUUCCGGUUCUCAGGCUCUGAAGGCUCUCAAGGAAGCCGGCAUCCAGUCUGUCCUUAUCAAUCCCAACAUCGCUACCAUUCAGACCGACCACAAGCUCGCAGACGAAGUCUACUACCUUCCCGUCACUCCGGAAUAUGUCACCCACGUCAUUGAGAGGGAGCAGCCGGAUGGUAUCAUGCUUGCCUUCGGUGGUCAGACUGCUCUGAACUUGGGUGUGCAGAUGAACCGCAUGGGUACCUUUGACCGCUAUGGUGUCAAAGUUCUGGGAACCAGCAUCCAGACCCUCGAGACCAGUGAAGAUCGUGACCUUUUCUCCCAGGCCUUGAAGGAGAUUGACAUCCCCAUCGCCGAGUCCAUCGCUGUGAGCACCGUCGAUGAGGCCUUGGAAGCCGCUGAAUCCGUUGGAUACCCCAUCAUUGUCCGUUCGGCCUAUGCUCUGGGUGGUCUGGGUUCCGGUUUCGCCAACAAUCCGGAAGAGCUUAGGGACUUGUCUUCCCGCUCCUUGACCCUUGCCCCGCAGAUUCUGGUUGAAAAGUCGCUCAAGGGCUGGAAGGAAGUUGAAUAUGAAGUUGUCCGGGAUGCGUCCAACAACUGUAUUACUGUCUGCAACAUGGAGAACUUCGACCCCCUUGGUAUUCACACUGGUGACAGUAUCGUCGUCGCCCCUAGUCAGACCCUCUCGGAUGAGGAGUACCACAUGCUCCGUACUGCCGCCAUCAAAAUUAUCCGUCACUUGGGUGUCGUUGGUGAAUGUAACGUUCAGUAUGCUCUGCAGCCCGAUGGUCUUGACUACCGUGUUAUUGAAGUCAACGCCCGUCUGUCUCGUUCGUCUGCUCUGGCCUCCAAGGCUACCGGUUACCCUCUGGCUUACACUGCUGCCAAGAUUGGUUUGGGCCACACCCUUCCUGAGCUCCCUAACGCUGUUACCAAGACCACCACUGCCAACUUUGAGCCCAGUUUGGACUACAUCGUCACCAAGAUCCCUCGUUGGGACUUGAGCAAAUUCCAGCACGUCAACCGUGACAUUGGAAGUGCCAUGAAGUCUGUCGGUGAAGUUAUGGCAAUUGGCCGUACCUUCGAGGAGUCUAUUCAGAAGGCCAUCCGCCAGGUCGACCCCAGAUAUCUUGGCUUCCAGGGCGACACGUUCGAGAACUUGGAUGAAGUCUUGAAGAACCCCACUGACCGCCGCUGGUUGGCCGUUGGUCAGGCCAUGCUUCAUGAGAACUACUCGGUUGAGAAGGUCCACGAGUUGACCAAGAUCGACAAGUGGUUCUUGUACAAGCUCCAGAACAUCGUCGACUGCCAGAACGAGCUCAAGGAAAUCGGUAGUCUCUUUGGCAUCCAGGAGGAGAUGAUGCUUCGCACCAAGAAGCUUGGUUUCUCUGACAAGCAGAUUGCUCUCCUUGUCGGAUCUACCGAGGAUGAGGUCCGCGCCCGCAGGACGGGAUUCGGUAUCAGACCCUGGGUGAAGCGUAUCGACACCCUGGCUGCUGAGUUCCCUGCUAACACCAACUACCUCUACACCACCUAUAACGCUAGCUCUCACGAUGUAUCCUUCGAUGACCACGGCACUCUCAUUCUCGGAAGCGGUGUUUACCGUAUUGGAAGUUCCGUUGAGUUCGACUGGUGUGCCGUCAACGCAACCCUCUCCCUGCGGGAGAUGGGCAAGAAGACCGUUAUGAUCAACUACAACCCUGAGACCUACUCCACCGACUUUGACACCGCUGACAGACUCUACUUCGAGGAACUCAGCUACGAGCGUGUCAUGGAUAUCUACGAGCUCGAGAGUGCUAGUGGUGUCGUAGUCUCUGUCGGUGGUCAGCUGCCUCAAAACAUUGCCCUUCGUCUGCAGGAGACUGGUGGCGCUCACGUUCUCGGUACCAACCCUCAAGACAUUGACCGUGCUGAGGACCGUCACAAGUUCUCUCAGACCCUGGACAGCAUUGGUGUCGACCAGCCUGCCUGGAAGGAACUCACUUCCGUCGCUGAGGCCGAGAAGUUCGCUGAGGCCGUGGGAUACCCUGUCUUGGUCCGCCCCAGUUACGUCCUGUCUGGUGCUGCCAUGAACGUCAUUUACAACGCUGGUGAGCUCAAAGAGAAGCUCCUGAACGCCAGUGCCGUCUCCCCUGACCACCCUGUUGUUAUUACUAAGUUCAUUGAGGGUGCCCAGGAGAUUGACGUUGAUGCUGUUGCCUCGGGUGGUAAACUCUUGGUGCACGCUGUCAGUGAGCACGUUGAGCCGGCUGGUGUCCACUCUGGUGACGCCACCCUGGUCCUUCCCCCCACUGACCUUGAGGAGUCGGUCAUGGAACGCGUCAAGGUAAUUGCUCAGAAGGUUGCCGAAGCCUGGAACAUCACCGGUCCUUUCAACAUGCAGAUCAUCAAGGCCGACCAGGAGGGUGCUGAGUCCCAGCUGAAGGUCAUUGAGUGCAACCUCCGUGCUUCCCGUUCCUUCCCCUUUGUUAGCAAGGUCUUGGGCACCAACUUCAUUGAUGUUGCUACCAAGGCGCUUGUUGGCCGUGACAUCCCUGAACCCGUCGACCUCAUGAAGACCAAGCGUGAUUAUCUUGCCACCAAGGUGCCCCAGUUCAGUUGGACCCGCCUGGCUGGUGCCGACCCCUUCCUCGGUGUCGAGAUGUCCAGCACUGGUGAGAUGGCUUGCUUCGGUAAGGACCUGGUUGACGCCUACUGGGCCUCGAUGCAAUCUAUGAUGAACUUCCGCAUGCCUGAGCCCGGCGAGGGUCUGCUUUUCGGUGGUGACAUCAACAGCCCCAUCCUUUCCCAGAUCGUGGACCUUGUCAACCCUCUCGGUUACAAGCUCUACGCCGCCAGCGCCGAAGUCAAGGACUACCUCGAGUCCGCCACCAAGGGUGACGUUUCGGUGCAAGUGAUUGAGUUCCCCAAGAGUGACAAGCGUGCUCUCCGUGACGUCUUCGAGAAGUACGAGAUCCGUGGUGCUUUCAACCUUGCCAAGACCCGUGGUAAGACUCAGCUCGACGAGGACUAUGUCAUGAGACGGAAUGCCGUCGACUUCGGUGUCCCUCUUUUCAUGGAGCCUAAGACUGCUCUCCUCUUUGCCACUGCCAUGAACGCCAAACUGCCCCGUGCUGAGGGUAUUCCCUCUGAGGUCCGCAGCUGGUCCGAGUUCGUCGGCACUAAGGUCCUGUAAAAGCACCAACGGUCCAUGAAACCGAUAAAGCAAAAAAAAAAAAAAAAGGAAAAUUUAUAUUUUAUUUGAUCUAAUUUUUCUCAUACGAUUUUUGUCUGACGGUCGAAAAAAGUCGCCCUUGUUCGGCGUAACGGAUAAGGAUUCAUGUCUAUAGAUUAUUAUACGUUUCUUUUUGGGGAUCAUGGCAUUCAAGUGCUGCUUGACUGCAAAAAAAAAAAGGCUUUGCUUUCUGUUUUUAUACUCUAGUAAGAUGAUGUUACGUGUUUGAGCGAGAAAAGAGUUUCCUUUCAGCUUCGUGUAUUUUUUGCAUGUUUUUUGUCGAUAUAUCCAGAUCCAAUCACAACUAUCAUUUUGAUAUUAGCUAUAUCCUA